UACGGUGUACCACAGACGGACCAUUCGUGCAAACAAUUCCGACUAGUAAUACGGAGACAACAACAUAGCGAUAAAAGACCAAAACACAAGACUCAGAUGAUUAUAUAGAUGCGCUGACUACAAAAACUAAGAAGAACGUCAGUAUAAGUUGACAUUCAUUUCUUGAACUGUAUUCUUUUCGACAAUGGCAUCUCGGUCUCCUUCGUCUUCUCCUGAUUCUGCUACAGGCUCAGGUACCGACCCAGCUCGGCCUGAUACAGGAGAGCCUCUCGGCGGAGGAUCGGAUUCAGACUCGGAUCUAGGAUUAGGGAAAUUCGACUGCAGUGCAGGUGACCCGGGUAAUCGAUUGGAAGGGGAGGAACUGGAACAUGAAUUUGAGGCAGCGGCAGACCGCCUCCGAGAUCUUGUUCAGACGGCCAGUAGGGAACAAUUGUUGUACCUGUACGCUAGGUAUAAACAGGUCAAGGUUGGAAAGUGCAAUACAGCAAAGCCUGGGUUUUUCGAUUUUGAAGGUCAAAGAAAAUGGACGGCAUGGAAACAACUGGAGGACAUGAGUGCAGAACAGGCCAUGCAGGAGUAUGUAUUGUGCGUUACCUCACUAGACCCAGACAGCAGUCGGAAGGAGAGACGAGAGCGUAGGACAGGAUUUGGAGGCCCAGCCGUCAGUUCUCUCUACCAAGAAGAAAUGAUCAGGGAAGAAGACCGGAACAUCUUCGACUACUGCCGAGAAAACAACAUAGAACACAUCACCACAGCGCUUAACUCCCAGAAAGUGGAUGUCAAUGUGAAAGACCAAGAAGGCCGGAAUUUGCUGCACUGGGCCUGCGAUCGAGGACACAAGGACCUGGUCUCUGUAUUACUACAGAACCAUGCUGACAUCAACAGCCAGGAUGACGAGGGCCAAACAGCACUACACUAUGCGUCCGCCUGCGAGUUCGCUGAGAUAGUCGAGCUUCUGCUGAAGGCCGGGGCGGAUCCAUCAAUUAAGGACCAGGAGGGUUCUCUGCCCGAGGAGGUCACUGAAUCCAGCGCCAUCUCCUCACUGCUGCGCCAGUACACAGCCCCCAAGGGCUAAGCCCAGCUUGACAUACCCCCCCGCCCCUCCCAGACCCAGCAUCUUUCCAUCGUCAGUAAAGUUCGUCCCACUUUGACAUUGCAACCCAACAUUUCCUAAUCUUCUGUGUUCCAUCCCCAAUAAUGCGUCCAUUGUCAUUACUAUUAAAAAAACACAUUCAACCAAAAA